AUGAACUGGCUCUGGGAGGCUGGAUGGUAUGAGCAGGAGACGCAAGAGGCCUUCUUUGGCCAGCCCUCCAACCUGGCACUCACAGCUCGCUCCUUCUCCCAGCUCCAGCGAUUUAAGCGUUCCCUCUCCCUCAAGACCAUCCUCCGAAGUAAGAGUGUGGAGAACUUCUUCCUCCGCUCCGGCUCUGAGCUGAAGUGCCCCACGGAGGUGCUGCUGACGCCACCAACCCCACUGCCGCCGCCUUCUCCACCACCUCCCUCCACAGACGGGGGUCUACCCACCCCAGCACCCUCCCCGUGCCCAGUCCCACGCCCCUUGGCACCACUCAAACCAGUGAGGCUGCACAGCUUCCAGGAGCACGUCUUUAAGAGGGCCAGCCCUUGCGAGCUGUGCCACCAGCUCAUUGUAGGAAACUCCAAGCAGGGCUUGCGCUGUAAAACAUGCAAAGUCAGCGUCCACCUCUGGUGCUCUGAGGAGAUCUCCCACCAGCAAUGUCCGGGCAAGACAUCCACCUCUUUCCGACGCAACUUCAGCUCCCCACUCCUGGUUCAUGAGCCACCACCAGCCUGUGCCAUGAGCAAAGAGUCCCCCCCUGCUGGGAGCAUCGGGAAGGUGGAUCCGGUUUAUGAGACCCUGCGCUACGGUACCUCCCUGGCAUUGAUGAACCGGUCCAGCCUCAGCAGCACGUCUGAGUCCCCCACACGGAGCCUGAGUGAACGCGAUGAGCUAACAGAAGAUGGGGAAGGCAGCAUCCGCAGCUCAGAAGAGGGGCCUGGUGACAGUGUAUUCAUCGCCCCAGCAGAGAGCGAAGGGUCAGGAGCAGAGGAGAAGAGCCCUGGACAGCAGCCCCCAAAGCCGUCCCUGAGGAAGGAUGUGGGGCCCAUGUACUCCUACGUUGCACUCUACAAGUUCCUGCCGCAGGAAAACAACGACCUGGCUCUGCAGCCCGGAGAUCGAAUCAUGCUGGUGGAUGACUCCAAUGAAGACUGGUGGAAGGGCAAGAUUGGCGACCGGGUUGGCUUCUUCCCAGCCAAUUUCGUGCAGCGGGUGAGGCCAGGCGAGAAUGUUUGGCGCUGCUGUCAGCCCUUCUCUGGGAACAAGGAACAGGGCUAUAUGAGCCUCAAGGAGAACCAGAUCUGUGUCGGCGUGGGCAGAAGCAAGGAUGCUGAAGGCUUCAUCCGAGUCAGCAGUGGCAAGAAGCGGGGCUUGGUGCCAGCCGACUCCCUGGCAGAGAUCUGA